AGAGAUCACUGUAAUAAAAAUGAGUUUCACUGGGAAAGUAGUUCUGAUUACCGGAGCGAGCAGUGGAAUUGGUGCAGAUGCUGCUUGUCACUUUGCCAAAUUAGGAGCUAAAGUAGCAGUGGUUGGUCGAAAUCAAAAACGUUUACAAGAAGUGGCCGAUCGAAUUGAGGCAUCUGGUUCGAUAAAGCCAUUGCAAAUUGUGGCUGAUGUUACGAAAGAUGCAAAACACAUUAUCGACGAAACAAUCGAACAAUUCCAUAGAUUGGAUGUGUUAGUGAACAACGCUGGAGUAUUUAUAUCCGAUACAUUGCCCGAAUUUAAUGCGGACGAAUACGAUCGAGUUAUGAACACAAAUUUGAGGAGUUUGAUCGUUUUAUCUCAUUUAGCCGUUCCAUUUUUGGAAAAAACUAAUGGAAAUAUCGUGAAUGUGUCGAGUGAGGCGGCUAUUAAUGCAUACGAUGUCUUCCUGUCGUAUAGCAUAUCAAAAGCGGGAGUCAAUCAUUUCACAAAAUGUGCUGCGAUUGGAUUAGCAUCCAAAGGGAUUCGAGUGAAUGCUGUGAAUCCAGGAGAUAUUCAAACUCCAAUUUUUGAAUCAGUUGGUGUUGAUAGCACGGCAGGAUUUUUUGAUCAACUUAAAGAUGCAUAUUUAGUCGGCAGAGUUGGGUCAGUUACGGAUACAUCAGCUGCUAUUGAAUACUUGGCAUCGCAAAGAUUCGUCAAUGGCAUUUGCUUACCGGUCGAUGGUGGGCUAACGUGUUCGGGACCGAAUCGGGAAUUAAUGGCAAAAUGUUAUUUUCCAUCAAAUUGAAUUUCGAGGUGUGGGUUGGUUGGUUGGUUGGUUUUAUUAAAGAUCAUAUUCCACUCUAAGGUAAAUUAAAAA